AUGCAGAACCCAGAAGUCUACCGUUUCUCACAAACACCAUUCGUGCCGAAUAGCAGGCUGCCGGUACUCAUAUACCGGAAUGUCCUGCCCCAGCCGCACCAAAAAGAGACGGCGAAGCAGUUUCUCGAAAACAAUCAAUGGCUUAGAGGGGGAACCUUCGGGGCUUUCUCUCGACACCACUUUCAUCCCAACACGCACGAAUGCUAUGCUGUGUUCCAGGGGUCAUCUACGCUAUUGAUCGGAGUGGGCCCAACGGAAGAUGAAAAGGGAGGGCAGAAAGUUCUCAUGGAAGCAGGCGACGUGAUUAUCCUUCCGGCCGGGGUUUCGCAUUGCACCCAAGAUAUACAUGAAGAUUACAAGUAUCUCGGCGUAUAUCCCAAAGGCUCACAAAAGUGGAAGAAUGAGUGGUGUAAAGAUGGAGGGAGAUGCUCAUCCUUGAGAGAAGAAGCCGAGUCGGUCCCUACCCCAGAAUGGGAUCCUGUUCACGGCCUUAAGGGCCCUCUCAGUAAGCUGUGGGCUUGA